GGUCCAUGACGUACGAAAUCCAAUCGAGCACCAGCCACCAACAUCAAUUUCUCCUUCCAGAUUCCCGUUAGUCUAUCUCUAUCUCCAAACAUGUUAUUAUUACUUUUUAUGUUAUUCAUGAUAUUCAUAUUAUUAUUAUUAUUAUUUUUUUAGAAAGUCAAAAUGUUUAUACUUGUUCAUUUCACUUAGAUUAUGUGAAUUUUUACCAGUCGUUUUAGAAUUUGUGUACAUAGAAAUCUAUCUGUUCGACCAUUCGUAAACAAAUACACACUCACAAAUGAAAUAUUUAAUAAUAUUGUUACAAUUUUAUGAUUUUUUUAUUUUUAUCAACACUUUAUUGUAGUUAUUAUGGUUUGCAUAGUAUUACGAAUAUUAUUACGCAAAAGUGACUGCACUUAGUGACCAAAACGAAAGUGCCUCAUUAAAGUGUUCCAGUGUAAUAGAUUUUCGUACAAUAUUAUGAAAUGAUUCAAAAUUCUUAUUCGGCUAUCGUCAUAAAAUUGUAAAUUGUGUUCAUCGCUGGCAGCAUCUGUUGUACGCCCCUGACGAGGCACACGUACUCCAGUACGUUGUGUGAAAUCUGUGUCAAUGAAUGCUGGUAAGUUUUUAUACUUUCAUUUUGAGAUACAUUGAACAUGCCUUUCUUAUUAAUAAUUUUUCGGUAUUUAAUGUUUUUGUACAGUAUUUAAGCACAUUAUUUCGAAAUUAUGUUAUCUCUUUUGAUUUUAAGUUGAUAAAUUCAAAUUUUAAAUGUAAUUAAUACCUACCAAGGUAUAUACUGUAACUACCUAUCUAUGUAUAAUGUAAACAUAUUUAUAGGUACCUAAAUCCCAUACUGAAUACCUAAUAUUUUAAUUUUCUUUAUUCUGUGGUAAGAUACUUAUAAUUGUGUAAUAGAUUAAUGAUUUUUAUUUAAACUAGUGAAUUUUAUUUCAAUUGUUUUUGAAAAACUUGAACACGGUAUCUACAUUUACAAGAAGGUGCCUCUAAAACAUAAUAUGUACUAUUUUAAUAUUUGGGGAAUUAGGAUAUACUGUUAAUUGCAAAUUAAAUUUAAGGUCAGUGUUUAAAGUAAAAUAUUUGUAUUUCCUGUAGUUUUAAUUAAAAUUAUUGUUUUUAUUGUCAAUGAUUAAUACUUCUAGACUUUCUAAGAGUAAUUGCCAAUCAAUUAAAAAUUAUAAGGUAUAAAAUCUAUUUUAUACUUAAUUUUGAAAAUAUUAUAAAAACAAAUUGUGUAUAAUAAUAUUAACAUAUAUUUUUUAUAAUUCUCAUAAAGUUCAAAAAGAUAUGUCCAUUUAUCUUUAUUAAUGCAUUUUUUCCAAACAUAAAAGGUUAACUAAACUGUCAGAUAUUAAAUUGAGAGUUAUUAAUAAUUAGAAGGUAGGUACUACAGUACACAACUAACAUUACCAGAGGUAGGGGUACAUAGGGAGGUAAGUGGCACCACUCCCCUAAACUUAAAAAUGUAUAAUGCUGAAUCGGCAUUUCAAUAAUAGUUUAAUUUUAAAAUUGGUAAACCUAAUUAUUUCUUAGUUUUGCUGUUAUAUUAUUGUCACAUUUAUUAUUUUUCAAAGGAGAAAAUAAUAAUAGGUGAAAACAUUUAUUAAAGUCUACACAUUUUUAAUUUCAUAGCAACUUAUAUUAAUUUCCGUUAGCCCUGAAACCUCUACAUGACUUACUGUGGCUACAUAAAUUAGGUAGUUUUGUUGAUUUUCAUGAAUUUUAAGAAUACAACCUAAAUUAUUGGUACCUACUUAAUUUGGUUAUUUUAUAGAACUUGAAAUUUGCUACCUAUAGAAAUUGGUUUUAAAAGGGAUUUGUAAAAAUUACUGAAUGAUAAACCUCAGUUCAAAUUACUCUGAACAUGAUCAUACAAUUGUUAUGUGUAUUGUAUUUGGGCUUAAAAAUACAUAUACAAUUCAUGACUAAAUUUUUUAAAUUAAUACAUUCUUUAGUAUUUAAGUAUUUCAUUAUCAAACAUAUUUUACACUUCAAUUUAUUUAGACUAUUUUACUUUCAUAUUUUAUGAGGUAAUUUUAUUUGGUCUAAAAACUAAAAUUCUAUUUACUGUAGACAAUGGUUUAAUCUUAUAAACGUGAUAUUUUUGAAUUUAUAAAAUAUCUCUUUAUAUGAAGGCAUCUAUUAUUGUAUUUCUUAUGUGUUAAAAUGUGUCCAGUAUUAGGUAUACUCUAAAGUAACAAUUUUUUUAUUUUUUUAUUUUAUAAUAUUUCUUAAAAAUUAGUAUAAAAAAUUAGUUUUGUUGAAGAUUUUGAACUCUUAAUUAUUUAUAAAUAUUUACCUAUAGCCUCAAUAUUAGCUAUAUUUUAAUACCUACCUAAUUAUUUAGACAAUCAUUCAGUUGUCAUGCGUACCUCAUUUGUUUUCACUGUUUGUUUUUACUUUUACUUUAAUGUUUAUUUGUUUAGGAUUUACAUUCUAUAUCAUACUUUUUUAAAAUUACAUUACAAAUUUAUUCUCUCUUUGUUUUUCCAGGUUUUUUUUCUCUUAAAUCAAUAUUUUGUAACAGAUAGGUACCUAAUUAUUUCAAAUUGCCCAUAUUAUUUACCAUAUUCAUUAUUUAUUCUUAAGAUUUUUAAAUUUGUUAGUUAUAAGUCUAAUUAUUCUUAUACAGUUAUUUUUAUUUUAUUUUAUAAUUUAAUAGGAUGAGUCCUUGUAUAGUUAUAACUUAUAACUAUUUGUUUUAUUGAUAAUUCAUUUAGGGUUUUAAUAGUAAAUAUUUGAAAUUUUUGUUUGAAACAGGUUUUAUAAAACUUGAACAUUUUCUUAUGUAACAGUGAAAAUAAUAUUUAUACAAAUUAUAUUCAAAUAUCAUUGAGAGUUUCACUUUCUUUUAGUUAAAACGUUCUAUUUACUUACCUAACAUGGGAUUAUAAAAUAAAUCUAGGUACAAAAUUCUAAAAAAGAUAUUUAAAUUUUUAGAAUUAUUAUUUUAGGAAUUUUGGGAAAAAACCUAACUGUAUCUUAUUAAUUACUUAUUAGAAAUUGGGCGUUGUAAAUUUAAUUUUUUUACGUAUAUUUCCGGCAGUGAACUCUGUAACUAUUUAAAACAAUUUUUUUAUCUAGAAUCUAGAUUAUUAUCUUUUUUCCAGAAUAAAUAAAUACAAUUAUUUAACUUAUUAUUUUGAAACAAAUACAUACACAUUCUGUAUAGGUGUUAAACUGCUUGAAUUUAGUUUUGUUUUUUUUCAAUGGUUGGUUAGGUUUUUAAUUUAAAGGUAAAAGUUUUAAUGAUAGGUAUUGAUUAUAUUAUAAUUUACAAGUUUUUAUAAUAUUUUGUAUUUAUAGUAUCUACAAAAACGUCAUAACCAUAAACCUACCUACUACAAAGUUAUGAAUUUACUAGAUAGGUACUGACAUACCUACUGUAAUGCCUAUAUGCAUAAGUUUUCUACUUUAUAAGUAGGGAUAUUUGUUGUAUUCAAAAUGUUCAUGAUCUUAACGAUUUUAGACUGUGAGUUAGAACAAUAUUAUCUUGGAUUUAUACAUCAAUUUAGUUUUUAUUUUUUGUGAUAGGAAAAUUAAGUGAUAUCCUUUUAAUAAUUGUUUUGUAACGUGCAUAUGAUUUACUAUACUUAGUACUUACUUUACAUAUCUUUUGUUUGUUUACACCUUUGUUUAAAACCUUCAACCUUAGAGGAGUUAUGAUGAAGUACAAACUUCUAUUUAUUAUCUAUAUGUACACUUAUAUUGUAUUUAAAUGUCGACAUUUAGAUAAAAUUUAACUUUAAUCAAUCAAAGGCAACUUUUUUAGAAAAUGUAAAAAAAAAAUUUUUUUUUUUAAAAAAUUAAAUAUGUAUAAGGGUAUAUAUUUCCAGAUGUAUUUCUAUUAAAUUAAAAAUCUAUUUUUGUUAACUUAUUUUAAAUUUGUUGUAUAGGUAUGUGAUAGACAUAGUGGCGUUCAAAUUAUAUUUUUUUUUGUGUAUCACACUAGAUUUACACAAUUUUACUCACUUAGAACCUCUUCUUUAUUAGUUUAUAUUUCAUACCUAGAUUUGUAGUACUUUAGUACCUAAUAUGAAACUUUUUUUUAAAUAUCAAAUGGAUAUCAAUUUUUUAAGACAUGAUCGAACAAAUAUGAAGUUAUCAAUAAAUACGCAUUAAUAUUUUGUAAACCUGCUAGAAUUUCUGAAUAGUUUUGUCUAUGUUUGAGUUAUUUUUAGCCUUAUUUUUUGUAGAUAUUUGUGAUUUUGAAUUUUCUAUAUACUUUUUUUGUUCCGGUUCUAUUCAUAUGAAUAAAAACUUUUUUGGUUCGAUAAAAAUGCUAGACAAGUUGACAUAAUGUUUAUCGUCAGUUCUUACUGAUCAAUAAAAUAAAGUUUAGCACUAUUAUUAUUAUUAUUAUUAUUAUUAUUAUUUGUUUAAAACAAAUUGUUUUACAUACAUUUAUUUACAUAAACGUGUUUUAAUUUCAUACUUAUUAUAAAUUAUUUUGUUGAAAUUAUUUAUAAAUUAACAAAGCAUUCAAUUAGUAGGAAAAUAAUUUUUAUCAAUGAUAAGUAAAACCCAGAAACAAUAACUUACGGGAAAUUAGGUAAGUAGGUAAUACAAAAACCAAAAAUCGAAAGCUCGGAAAAUUAAAUGUUUAACAAAUAUCGAAAGAUUCAUUAAGAAUCGUAUUUUGUUGUUUAUGGUUCCAUUCUGCAGGAUUUAAACUAAAUUGCCCAGGAAAUAACGUAUUUUACCUUUUAAACAUCGCACUUACUACUGUGGCCUUCUAUGAGCUGUAAUACCACAGUCCACAUACUAAUAUCUUAGUUUUUUUGUUAAUUUUUAAUUACAGUAUCAUUGUGUGGGUUUUUUUAAACCGAACGUUGAUUCAUGAAGGUUUAUCUUCAAUCGUUUAUCGUACGUGCAAUUUAGCACGUUUACGUUGAUUAAAUAUGAAUCAUAUUGAGAAAUUUAUUUUUAAAAUGGAACGCUUAGUAGGGAUAAAUAUAUAAUAGAUUGAAGUAAAUAAUAACAUAUUCUUGCACCUUUUUUCUCCUAAAUAUUUAUUAUAUUUUAUUAUUAAUGAUUUUUUUAUUCUGCGUUAUAUUUAAUUUACAUAGGUCGGUAAGCUGAUGAAAAAAAAAUAAACUGAUAAAAUAUAUACGAUGUUUUUAUUAAGUUAUACAUAUUAGUUCUUAGAUAGUUGAAAACAUACGCGAUGUGUUUACUAUGUUCUAUGAUUCCAUUGACGUCACCAUUUACUAAUAAAGGUACCAACGAAAAUACAAAUAUUCGUUGUAGGUACCUUUAAUAAUUUCUUUAUAAUUUGAGCUCGUAAUCAUAGCAGAGUGAUAUACCAAUCCGUUGCAUUUUAAUUGACAAUGAUUAUUAUAAAGUUUUAAAUGCAUUUUUUAGAUUCUGUUUGUUGGUUUUACUAUGAUGUGUGAUUUUAGUUUUUUUUCCUAGAAAUCAUGCUCAAAUUAAAACAUGACAAGAGUCCGUUUUUGUUGAAUUUUAGCUGAAGUUGGUACUUUGGAAAGGUUUUUUUUUAAAUUCUUGAGAUAAUGAGGAAACACUGGUUUUAGGUGAAAAAAGAUUAAAAUUAAGGUUGUCAUUUAUAACCGUUUUUAUUUAUUUUUUGUUAUUAUUAAGUUUUUAUUAUUUUUACAAUACUUUUUAAACAAUCGUGUUGUUGUCGUGAAAACGCAAACUUGUUGAAAAAGCAACCAGUCAGAAUCGGUUUUCGUUAGCAAUGAUUAAUCGUUGCGUACAGAUAUAUAGAUUGGAUUCCCUUCUAUACCUUUUCAACUUCUCACCUACAUCAGUGGUGCGAAUAUGUCUGUUUUUUUAAUAUUUUUCGUUACCUAAUGACGUGGUGCGGUUUUUAUACCGAUUUUUUUCUGUUUCGACAUGCCGCGAUAGCUGCCACUAAGCAUGUUCUUUUUAUUACAUUAUCUAUAUACGUGUUUGACCUGUUGACUGUUGUAGAUAAAUAAUUUCUCCGAGGAAUAUCGCGUUUAUCAAUAAAAAAAUUAUAAACAAAACAAAGAUUUCUCAGUUCAAGUUCAAAGAAUAAAUAAGUUAAUAAAUAAAUACAUUUUUUUUUAAUCAUUUAAAGAUUCGAUACGUAGUGAGGAAUUUAUUGGUUUUCCAAUGUUUGUUUUUUUUUUUUUCAUAUUUUAAUGUGUACAAAAUUUCUAUCAAAAAUAUUAAGUAUCAAGUGUAGAACCUUUUCUGAAAAGAAAUCUUUUCUAGUCGUCUAAGAGGUCGUUUUUUGAUUUUCCAAGCGGUUUUCAUUAAAAUAGGGAAAAAAACGUAAAGCUGUAACGAUUUCAUGAUUUUAUAUUUUUUUAACUUUUUUUUUUUAUCAUAAAUCUUGUUUCAAACAAAAAAUGACAAAAAAUCUUUUUUGUUGAAUUUUGAAUCUAGUUGCUCACGAAUAAAGUCGUUUUUUGAUUUUCCACGUAAUUUAAAUAAUUGAGCAAAACUGUAGAAAAACGUCGACAAAACGGGAAAAUGUACGAAAAUUAUUCUUUUAUUGUUUUCAAUUUUAAUUUUUUGUUGUAAUUUAGUUAAAAAUAUUUGAGCACUUGAAAUUUACAGAAAAUUUAUAUUUGCCAUUUCUAUACGUAGUCAAAUUUUUGAACCAUUUGAGCCAUUUUUGAGCUAUUUAUGCGAAUUUUAAUUUUGCGAGUUUUUAUGUAAUUUUUAUUUGUUAGGAUCUCUGUGGCUAAAAUUGUUUGACUUAACAGAAAUGCUUGAAAGGAAGUUUAUUAUAAGUCGUAUUUUGUGGUAAAAAAAAAUUGUUUACCUCAUGUAAUUUUUUAUAUUAAAUUUUGACGAAAAUCGUAAAUAUUAUCGCCUUUCAAAUCACGUAUAACCGAACUUAGCUCAGAAUUUUUUUUUUUGUUAGUAUAAUGGGUUAACAUUAAACAAAUAACUUAUUGUAUCCGAUCCUCUGAAAUGCCCACCUACAACGGUGGUACACCCGUUCUCAGUAUCAUCAUUUUUUUUCAGAAAAUUCCUUAAAUUGUAAACAGUAUCAUUUUAUAAAUAAUGCGAACAUAAUAAUACAGUUAUAGACUUAUUUAUAUAGCGUUACAUCUGGUAUUCAUAUAUAGUCGUAUUAGCUAUUUUAAAAGUAUAAUUUUCAGAAAACAUACUCAAAAUUUGGGUAUCUAAAUAAUUUUAUUAAAAAUUACUAUUCGAUAAUAAUUGAUUAGCAUAAAAAUUGUAUUUGUGUAUUGAAGAAACAUUUUACUAGGUAAUUAUAUGCAAAGUAGGUACCGAAAGUAAUAUAACUGCAGCCUUAUUAAAUCUGCGAGUGAAUGUGUGGGCGGUCGUGCAAGUGAAAUUAUUUACUCGACUAGAUAUUAAUAAAACCAAUGCUAAAUAAAUAUUCAUUAAUUAUACCAAAGAGUCAUGAAUUUGGGAGUGGCACAUAGUAAUUUAAAUGUGAUUUGAACUAAGUACCACAGUCCAGCGUCAUUGACAGCGUUCCUUAAGUUCUUACGUAUGGAAUUACAUUUAGGUACCCAUUUCUGUAUACUUUUUAUUUUUUUCUGAUGCCUUAGUAUAGUGGAACUGUACAAAUCUUUAUUUUUCUCGGUAUUUGCAAUUUGAGAUUAAGCAAUCAACUUACAUUAUCACUACGUUUUGUCUGAAACCCAAAAUGUAAUUUUAAAUAUUAGUAUUCUUGCGAAAUAAUGAAUACAAUAAUUUCAUUUGUCUGUUAUAAAAGGACUGUAUUAUCUACUUAUUGUCUAUAAUAUGAAGUAGGUACAAUAUUAUUGCUGUCAAUUUGGAUUGAUUAAAUUUAAUAUUUAAUCAAUAAUAAUUAAUAAUAGUAAUACAAUUUCAUUUCUGAAAGUAAAUAUAUAUAUAGGUAUAAAUAAACUAAAAUCCACACGGACAAUUUAAUAUUAUUUUAUUGUGAUAGAUAAAAUACCUAUAAUAGUAGUUAUUGGGAAUUGAUUGAUCACUAAUCGUUGGUAGAUUUGUAUUGGGUAGGUUAUUAAAGAAAUUGCAUAUCGUAAUUUGUAUAGUAUGGUGAUUUGUAGAUAGGAUAGGUAGAUAUGUAGGAUUACUUAUCAAAUUUGUAUUGUUUUUAAGAAAGUAUUAUUAUUUCCUGGGUUAUUUCAUAUUAUCGUAUUUGAUGAAUAACAUGUAUUUAUAGUUGUAUAAGUAUAAUGGAGUUAUUAUGAAAAUUAAUUAAAAUAUUGAAUAAUAGGUACUUUAGAAUAUAUACAAUUUUUUUAACGAUCCUAAUAGUUGUUUUAGUUGUAUAACUUAAUGCGCAGUAUUAAUAAUAAGUAAUAUUAAAUUUUAAGUUUUUAUAAAUUGAGCACAAGAUAUAAUUUGUUGGAAUACUAGUUAAACAGGAUAGUACGUACUUAUCUAGAUAGGCAUAGCCUAACUUAAUUUCGCAAACAGCUUUUCCAAUUAAUUCAUUUGUAAAUUAAUUUGUAUUAUAUUGUUUGCUUAGACAAACAUAACUUUUUUGAUAAUGUAUAUUAUUAUAUACAGUUUUAUUAAUUUAUAUAAAAUUGAGGUGGAAAAAAAAAUUUAUAUGUAUUUUAAUUGAAUUAAUAUUGAUAGUACUUAUGGACAUACUCUGAUAAUUUUAAAACUUAAAAUAAUCUCUUCUUCUGUAUUAUAAUUUAAAAUCGUAUGUGAAGCUUAGAAACACGGUAGACGUUUUAAUUUUAAAUGAUUUGUCAGACAGACAGAAAAAAUGAAGUGGAAUAUUAUGAUUUCUUAUCGAGCUACCGAUUAAAAAAGGAUAAAAUAAAAUGACAUGACAAAUAUUUGAGCGAAGGUUAACAUUUAGAGUACCUGGUUUGUAAAAUUAUUAAUAUCGUAUAUAUAAAUUUACAAUGACACUAAAUACAAAUAAAUAAGACAAAAUUAGGUAUUGUUUUCGUACGUCGUGUGGUGAUGAAUUUAAAUUACAAUCAGUUAAAAUAAAUAUUAUUAGAUAGGGAAGUAUCUAGUAAAAAUGUUUGUCAUCUUGAUGUCUUUCAUAAAACCUGUUGUUUUAUUGUUAGAUUUAAAAUGGAAUUAAAUUCGUGUUAUACAUUAUUAAUGGUUUCAAUUUUUUUAUUUGAAUUUUGUCAAUAUGUGUUUCGAUUAAAGAAUUUGUAUUGCCUAAAAUAUACAACCUUACUUUAAAAUAAUUGUCCAGAAUGAUUCAUAAAAUAAAAAAAAGAAAAAACAUAUUACUCAUAAAAAUUGAAAGUAUCUAUACAUUAUAUUUUUUUCAUUCCGACCGGAACAGGUUCACGUGCUUUUAUUUCCCUCUAACGGGAGUUCACGUAAAACUUAUUUUGAAUUAUUACCAAAACAUUUUGCAGAAAUUUAAUUCAAAGACAAUUGAAUACAAAUGAUAUUAUAAGGAUAUAAAUAUUUUUAGAUUCUGAGUUUUGCCAGAAAUUAUUUGGUUUUUUUACAAAUUUUGUUAAAUUUUCCUUAUAGUUUUUUUAAAAUUGAAAAAAAAACGGCAAAUUGUUUGCAUUAAUUAACAGUUUCUUUUAUUUUCGAUUUUUUUUUUUUUUUUUGUAAUUAGUUAUAAAUAAUCGUAUAUUUCUGAAAUUUGCACCGAAUAAUUAUAUAAGACUUUUCUAUACGUGGUAUAAUCUUCAAAACUAUCUGGAAAUUUUUAAGCUAUUUCUAACGAUUUAAAAUUGUCGAAAUUUGUUAAAUUUUUAUUUGGUUUUAUGCGUAUACAAUUUUUUUUGACAUCAAAAAUUCAUUACAAUUUGAUACAAUGUGUAAUAAUCGUAAGUUGUUCAUAUUGCACUAUUCAACUAUCGAUAAAUCGUAUACAUAAUUUUUAAGUUUUUAAAACCUCGUGGCCUUUCCAACAACUUCGCUCAUAAUCGUCUUUCGUUAGCAAUGAUUUAUCGUUGCCUACAGGUAUAAAUUAAAUAACUAUAUUAUAAUAUAUCCUACCUUCCCAAUUUUUUUUGAUUUCUGAAUUCAGAACAUAUUUUAAAAACAAACCCGGUAAAAUGAAUAGUAUAGCUAUAUUGUUUUAUAUAUUAUACUUAGCUAAAUUUAAGUUAGAAAUGCACUUCAUCUCAUGCACUGUAUUUUGUGUGUUGUGUUUAGUCACUCGUGUCACGUCUUUCAAUUAAAUUUCAAUUGAAAUGUUGUUUGAAGGGCCACAUGUAUUUGAUAAAGUACGUCGGGUAAGGGUAGUAAGACGCAACAACUUUGAGAUGUUAAACAUUUUUGCCAUUAAAAUGCCCCGGGACCAUGUACUAGAACUGAAGUAAUAAUUUUCAAGAUAAAAUUAAUAUUGUUAUUUUCCUUGUCGUUUUUUUCCUACGGCUUUUUUUUAAUGUGUUUCUGUAUCAGUUGUUACCGUUGUGUAUGUAGGAGUCUAUUACUAUAACUUCUCCAUGGUGGUUAAUACAUGAACAACUACAGUUGUAGUUGUUGUUGUUGAAUAGUAGAAGGAAGAAAGUUUAGUUUUAUAUAGACAAGUACGCAAAAAUUAAAGUUCCGUCCUGUAUCCUAUUAUAAAUCGGAGAAAGUAGUUACUUUAACGAGAAGUAAUUUAUUUCGGGAUUUUCAGUUCUCAGCUGAUAUAAUGUAUAUAGCUUAGGCAUUUAUACUUAUCUAAUUACGAAAAAUGGAGAGAACGGUGAAUUUAAUAAAUAAUAAUAAUUAUACGUUUACAAAACAACACCUACAAUAUUAUACUUGAUAAGACAUAUUCUCGUUAGAUGUAUUUUAUUGAUUGUUUAUCAUUAAACUUAUGUUUACUAUUUUUAAUCACCUAUUCUUUUUGUUAUAAACAAUCUAUAUAUAUAACUGCAGUAUUCUAUGUUAAUACGGUAUGAUCUUAGUCUUGAGAACAAAAACCUUGAUAUAGAAAGUAAAUAAAUCUGUAUUAAUAUACAUUUUAUUUUAAUUUAAACCGGCCGAGUCAUUAACCCAGUAGAUUAGUAAUAUUUUCACGCAUUUUUUUUUGUUUCUACCAAUUAAUAGUCGAUGACAUUGUUUCCAAUGCCACUUUUGCCAGAUAAUGAAUAUAAUCUAAAUUCGCGAUGUUGGUAUAUUUAUAUUAUUAUUUUUAUUGGUCAAGGUGAACACCAACUUUCACUAAUCUAACCACGUACCAUUGCCGUUCGUUCAUCUUGUUCAGUAUCGUUGCUGUCUGCGUGAUGUUCGUUUUAUAAAAAUAAGAAAGAAAUAUGUAGUGAUUUGUGAUAAUUUAAAAUCAUUAAUUUUUUCUUUAUUAUUAUGUUGUAUUUGUGUAGACAGUAGAAAUAACAAUCACGGUAUGAGAUCCAAAUCGUUACAAGAUUUGCCCGAAGCAAGUACUAGUACAGCUGUGCCAACUCGUAAACGACGCAUGCCGAGGUUUUCUUUACGGCGAUUUUUGUAUUCAAAUACGUUUUUGGCGAGGCACUUGGGAAGUUCGCAAAAUGCUAAACGUCACACUAUUAUAGCUUCAGGUAUGUUUAUAUAAUGUUAUUAUUUUAGUUUAAAAAACUUUUAAAUCCUUAAGUUGCCAAAACUUAAGGACUACUUUAAAACCAAAAAUCUUGGUUAGGACAUUGUAUUUAAAUAUUUAAAAAUAAUAUUAAUAUUUCCUAUUAUUAGUAUCUAUUAUCUAAAUAUAAUAAAUGCAAAUUAAUGGUUUAAGUUUUAAAUUUAAUUUAAUUUUGGUAUGCUGUGAAUUCUUAUUAGAUAACUCUGGCAGAGUACAGUUUGAGAACAACUAUUUUAAUCAAUUACUUUUAAAUGUUGUAAAGAUAAGUACCUAGUAAAUUUUAUAAAAUUGAAGCAAUAUCAUACAAUUUAAAAAUUAAAUAUUAAUGCUAAUUUUGGAAACUAUUGUAAAUUAGAUAAUUGUAUAAAGUACCUAAUGGUCGAUAUAAAUAUGGCAAAAUUAUUUGUUACAUUAUUUAUGCAUUUUGGAUUUUAGGAUGAGGUGUAAUAUCUAUAAUAACGAGAAUAAUGAUUUACAUGAAAACAUUGUAAUGUGUUUUAAUUUUUAAUUAUCGAAAUUAUGAUUUUUUCUCUAAUAUAUAAAAUUUAAUUUUCAAUUAACUACUUACAGGUAUUUUAAUCUGUAAUUUAGCAUACCAUCAAUAUAAAUUUAGCUUGAAUGUAAUAUUAUAGGUACAUCAAUAUGAAAUUGUGAUGUAACAUUUGAAUUAACCGGAAUUACUUUUUCCCCUAUUCAUUUCUAAGUUAAUCCUGUCACUAAACAAUUAUUAAUAUAAUUAUAUUUUCUUUUCUUUAUUAAUCCAAGUAUUUAUAUAAUAUUUGAAUAAUUAAAUAGCUAUAAAAACUGACCUAUUGAUGUUAUUAAUUUAAGAAAGUUUAUAUAUACUAAAACUAUAUUAAUAACAUAAUUUAAUUACAGGUGCUAAUCAUGUAGGUCCCAGCUUAGCAGAUGCAAAUGAUUUUGAAAAGGCCCCUUUGGGAUUUGGACAAAACUGUACAAGUCCAAAAAAAACGACACCAGUUUGUACCACCAAAGUAAGUUAUCAAAAAAGUUUUAAAAUAUGUUCAAUUAGAAAAAAAAUUAAUACUGUACAGGUAGGCUACUGUUUUAGGUGUGUAGUUGGAGGCGUAGAAUACAUUAAGUCAUUGGAUUUUUUCAGAUUUAUAAAUCAUUGCAAAAUGAUAAACGAUUCUAAAUGAAUUUCAAUUUUAUAUGUUUUGAAAUGCUUUAGUUUUUAAGAUAUACGAGUACAUCAAAAUUUGAUUUUAACACACUUAUAAAAAAAUGUCCUCAUUAUGCUCAACUUUGUUGUUACCACUUAGUGCAACUAUUAAUGAAUCUCAUGUUGAAUAUUCAAGCAUUUGUAUUAAAUACUAUUUCACACACCAAGUACUUACAAAAUAAAAAUUAUGUAAACAAACUUACAAAUAUAAAAUGCCUAUAAAUAGCUCAAAAAAAAAUCUUCAAAUUUUAUUAAAAAUGUACCACAUAUAAAAAAGGCUAAUACAGUCAAAUUUCGCAUAUUACAAAUUUCAAGGGACCUAGAAAAAAGUUUGGUAUAUUGAGAGUUUGUUACAUCAAAUUAGUUGUAUCAAAAGCAUAAACCAGCAACAAUUAUUUUAACGAGAUUAAAAAGAAAAUUCGAAAUUGAAAUCAACAAAUUACAAAUAUAUAUUUAUUUUCAUUUAAUAAUGCAUAGUAAAUAAUAUAAUAUGUAUUAGGUACAUAUUAUGUAUGAAAUACUUGAGUCAUGAGAGCCAUUAUACAUUUAUCUUAAUUGUGAUAAUGUACUGUGAUAUAUAUGCCGGAAUAACUUCAUAAUAAAAAGCUAUUUUAUUAUAUUUUUAUCUUUAUUAGCUAUGUAUUAUUAUUGAGUCAUUAUACACCAACCAACGGGUAUCAAAUCUUAAUAAAUAUUGAAAAUUCGUAAUAUCAAGCUCCAAAAUUGUAAAAAUUUAUUACACCACAAGACCUUUGACUAAAAAGACUUGGUUACAUCAAGGAAAUCAUAAUAUAUUUAAUUUUUUGUAACAUUUUUAGAUUUUAAAGGGAACGGAAGUUUCAUUUGUUAUAUUACGAGUCGACUAUAAGUAUUCUAUGAAAAUUUCUGCUGUGAUGAUAUUUAAUCAAUUUACAACAAAAAACCAAAAUUAAAAAUAACAAAACAAAUUAAUGUUGUAAACUUUCCUGUGUUUCCUAAGUUUUUUGCAAUUAUUAUGAAAACUGUUUGAAAAAUCUUAAUACUUAAUUUUCUUACUUAAUAACUAGAUUCAAAAUACAACAAACAGGUCUCUUGUAAUUUUUCGAUUGGAGCAAGAUAAUUCUAGUAGAAACAUAAUUCAUACAAUUUAAAAUAAUGAAAUUAUAACACUGUCAAUUUGCCAGUUUUCAUUUUACAUAUUUUGCUGGUUGUCCCAAUUUUUAUCAAAAAUGCUUGGAAAAUCAACAAAUGGCUUACUUAAUCACCAACUAGAUCAACAAUACAAAAAAAUUGGUAUAUUGUUGUUUUAUGACUGAAGUAAAAUUUUUAGUAGAAAACACAAAUUGAAAAAAUAAAAUAAAAUAAUAAAAUUUUGAAUACUGUAGAAUAUAUUUAUACUGCUUGAGCAAAUUGCUUAACCAAAAUAGUAUUUUCAGAAAAGUACAUAAAAAUUAAUUUUUUAGAAAAAGUAUUAGGAAUUUAAAAAAAAAAAUUAACUAAGGUACCAUUACCGAAAAUCCUUAUCUUUUAAGGUAUACAAUUUAGCUUCUGCACUACAUUUGGAAUCUAAAAAAAUUAGAAACAAAAUGUUCACUAGUUGUCUAUACACUCAAAGAAAUAACAUUAAAUUUUGAUUAGUUCAGUAUGGUUAAAUAAAAAUUGAACAUUGUGGUUUUACUCGAACUUUGUUUUCAUUUAAUUUUAAUUUUUUUUUUACAAGUCAAUAUUGUGUUAAUAUUUGGUAUAAUUUAUAACAUAGAUCUUAGAUGUUAUUAAUUUAACAUAAAUAUCAUAUUUUCUUACCUAUUUUAAAUUAGUACAAAUUAAAGCAAAAUUUUUUAUUGUAGUAAAUUUAUCAAAGGAAUUAUAUUAACUUAGUUGAUAAUAUCAUGGAAAUAAAUAUUUUGAUAAAUAUAAAAUAUAUUGUAGAACAAGGAAUUAUCCAAUAUAAUACACUUCAUUUAAUCAUUUUUUUUUUUUUAAAUUGAGUAUAUGAGUAUAUAACUGUUAGUUUGUUAUUAAGAUGGCUAAACCUUGAACAAUCAAGGUCUUAAAUCAUCACGGUUUGUUUUACUUGUACAUUGUUAAAUAUAUAUAAAAACUUUAUCAAUAACAAAAGAUUUAACAAUGAUUUUUAAAUCUCUUGUUAGUUAAAAUAUAUAGCUUGGUUUAUACAAUUGAUAUUGUUAUAAUUAAAAAAAAAAAAUUGGGUCUUAUUUUAUUUUGUCCCAUAUUUUAUUCUUAAUAAAUAUUUGAUUUUUAUUUAUAGGAUUGCACACCAGUUGUUGAUGGUUUAUUAGAGUGUCCAUUAUGUCUAGCCAAAUUUGAGGAGACCAAUUUUGCCAAAUUAUCUACUUGUAACCAUCGUUCCUGUGUUGAAUGUUUUCAACAAUAUUUACGUAUAGAAAUAUGUGAAUCACGUGUUAAUAUCACCUGCCCGGAGUGUGCUGAGGCUAUGCAUCCAAAUGGUAUCUUAUUACUUUUUCUCUUUAAUAUGUAAUUUGUAAUCUUGUAUAUUAAAUAUAUAUUUAUAUUUGUGUAGACAUACAAAGUGUGCUUAACAAUCCAGCUUUAUAUGACAAAUAUGAAGACUUUAUGGUACGGAGGGUUUUGGCAAUUAAUCCUGAUACUAGGUAUUGCCCUUCACCUGACUGCAGGUAAUUUGUCAAAGUUUUUUUUUUUCAAAGUUGGUGAACUAACCUCAUAUAUUUAAACAAUAUUUUAAUCAUCUAAAUGCUUUUAUACAUAUUGUAAGUUUUUAUUUCUAAGAAACAUAAAUCUGUUAUUAUUUUAGCUAUGCUGUCAUAGCUGCGGGUUGUGCCAGUUGCCCAAAAAUUAAAUGUGAACGUCCUGGUUGUGAUUCAUACUUUUGUUACCAUUGUAAAGCUGAAUGGCAUCCUAAUCAAACAUGUGAUUCCGCUAGAGCAAAACGAUCAUCAAAUAUGAGAACCUCGUCUAUUGCUUUUAGUAUAGAUUCAAAUUCACGUAAGAAAUGUUAACUUUUUUGUUUUACUUAUAUAGAAUUAAAAUUUACAUACAAUUUUAGGAGAAGACAUUAAACCAUGUCCUCGUUGCCAAGUGUUAAUAGUCAAAAUGGAUGAUGGCUCAUGUAACCAUAUGACUUGUGCAGUUUGUGGAGCAGAAUUUUGCUGGUUAUGCAUGAAAGUAGUUAGUGAUUUACAUUAUCUUAGGUAAAAACAUUUUAUUGUAUAUAUUUAUAUUAAUUCUAUUGUCACUAUUGUAUUAUUUAUGUAAAAACUUUAAUUUUAGUCCUUCUGGUUGCACUUUCUGGGGUAAAAAACCAUGGUCUCGAAAGAAAAAACUUUUAUGGCAGUUAGGUACAUUAAUUGGAGCGCCUGCUGGAAUUGGCCUAAUAGCAGGAAUCGCAAUACCUGCAAUAAUAAUUGGUGAUUAUAUCUUGAAUAUUUUAUUAAAAACUUAUGUGCUUUCAAAGCAUCAUUAUAAGCUGUUUAUAAUUGUUGCUAAAGGUGUUCCUGUUUGGACUGGACGAAAAAUGUUUACCCGUUAUAGACAUUCAAGUCGAUUAAAACGGAAUUUUGCAAUUGCCGGCGGUGUUAUAGCAGCGGUAAGUGUAAUUAAUAAUAUAUUUUAUUUAUUUAAAAAAUUGUUGAUAGUAUUUAAAGAUACAUGCGCAGACAUUUUAUUGAUCACUGUAGCAAAUAAAAUUAAUUUUUCUUUUUUAUCUUCAUUAUACUAUAGUAACUACUAGUUGACUUAAUACUAUUUUUGAUUUAUAAUUACUUACUUAAACUGAAUUUAUUUGAGUAUUUACAAUUAAAAAAAAACAAAUGAAUAUAUUUCACACAAUAGAUGAGCCACUGUUGUAGGUGUGAAGUUAGGAAAGUAAAGGGGAAAUUAAAUGUAUAUCUGUUUGAAACGACAAACCAUUGUUAACAAAAAACGAUUCUUAGCGGUGUUAGGUUUUUCAUGUUUUGAAAUAAUAGAUUUUGUAAAUUUUCCCAUUUUCCCUACAUUUUUCUCGGUUUUUCUCAUUUAAUAUGAAAAUUCCCAGGAAAAUUAAAAAAUGACCUCCUUAAAGUAUUACUCCAGUCUAAUUUUUCUCUCAGAAAAAGUGCUACACUGUAAAAUUGGAGCAAAAUUUCUGAUAGAAAAGUUGUUCACAGAUAAAAUAAAUAAAUACCAUUGUAAAAUCAAUACAUUCUUUGCUUUGCUCAGAAUCUAAAAUUAGUUGUUAUAGAUACUUACAAGGUUAAAUUAUAAUGUAUACAUUUUCAUCAAUAUUUCUAUUUGAUACAUUAUACUUAUUAAUGUAAAAGAUUAAUAUAUGUAGAAGGAAAUAAGUGGAGAGAAAGACUAAAAAAGGGGUGGUUGGAAUGCAAUUAAGAAUGAUAUAAAGACAACCAGUGUAUGCAAUGUGGGAGAUCAAGUCAAGUUGAAGUUUAGACCCCCAAACAGUUGGGAUGGAGGUGAAGGAGAAGUAGAAGAUAUUGUACUAAUUAGUAUUUUUCUAUAAUUUCUUAAUUUUAGUUUUAUAUUGAAAAACAAUUUUCAACAAUAAUUAUAAUUAAAAUAAUACCUUGGAGUUAUUGACUUUUAUGUUAUUAAUUCAUUGCUAUACUAGUUUAACUUUAAAAUAUUUAUAGAAAAAUUAAAGAUAUCAAUUAAAUUAUAAUCAAUAAUGUUUAUUUCUAUAGAAAGUAAAAUCACAUAAUAUGAAUAUAGUAUGGACAGCACCGUUACAUUAAUUUAGGCAACAUAAUUUUAACAAGUUAAAAAUUUAAAGAAUCAGUAAAAACCGGUUUCAAAAAGAGAAACUUUUAACAUGUUUAUAUAACGGUCUUGAGCUAUAGGAUCUAAAAAUAAGUUACUUUACAUACCAUGUUAAAGGUUAUGCUAAAAUUAUAAGACAUUGUUAUAAUCUUAAGAACUUAAGAUAAAAUACAUAUGUUUGAAUAAGUUUUAACAAAUUUUCUCUAAUUUUAGUGUACAUAGUUAAUUCUUAACAUUAAAAAAAAAGUCCAAUACCUUAACCUCAAGUGUUAUUUGAAUUUCGCAGAACUAAUGUUAAAAAGUAACAGUGAAAUAAAAUCAUUAUUUAUUAACAAAUAUGUUAUUUCUAUAAUAUAUAGUGUAAAAGCUCUAAAUGUAUAAUAAGGAGAAAUAAAUUAUAAACAAGUAUAAAAUUAAAUAAUAAAUACUAUGCUGAAAUUUCAGUAAGAUAUCUCUUAAAAAUAUCUUCGGCUUGUAGAUCAGUCAACAGAUCUAAUAAUCUUUGUUCUGUUUCACCAUUGCCUAAAGCAACAUCCACUGAUCCUAUACAUAAAAGUACUGCUAACAAUUUUGAUUCCUUCAUAUCGUCAUUCAAGUCAUAACGACUGUAUUCGAGUUGUCCUUCUAUGUCUACGCCCAUUUUAUUUGCAUGUGUUGUUAAAGCUUCCCAAUAAGUGUCUAUUAAUUCGUUAGAAUGAUUUCUUCUGGUUUCAGUUGACAAACUACUUACCAGCAAAAGAGCUACGUCAUUGGUUGGUCUACUGUAGGAUAUCAUUUGCCAAUCCAAUAUAACACAUUUAUCUUUUUCUCCGAACAUUAAAUUGUUGCACCAAAAGUCAGUGUGUGUCAUUAGUCCCAUGGGUUCUUUAGGUAUCAUUAACGAUCCAAUUAUUUGUUUAGUGACGCGGCAAAGAGAUCUUAGUGUAUUAAUUAAUGUAUCGUAUUGAGGCCCCUUUGAUCGUAGGAAACUGUGUAAUUGAGGCAUUCCUCGCUCUACAAGCGCUUGGUAAGAUAAUGUAGCACGGGACGUUUGAAACAAAAAUGGCCAAAUUUCAGUGAGUGGUCCUUGUUUUAUUUUUAAUGCAAGUGAUGUUGCAUGGAUUCUAGCUAUGGAACGUAGAGCAAGUUUAGCUUGGGUGUAUGUUAGUCCAGUGGAGAAAUUAGCUGCCGUGUAAUUGCGUUUGGAUAGGUUUUCUAAAACGAGCAUGGACUCAUCUUUACCACUGGCACUCAUACCAGCAAAGUAACAUUUGGCUACUGGCAUGUCCCCGAUUGUCAACCGAUAAUUCUUUGGUAACGUCGAGUCUUCGAGGUUUCUUAACUCAAAUAAUACCUAUAAUAAAAUAAAUGAUAAUUCAUACAUUUUUUUUAUGUAAUUUAACUAGAUUAAAAAUGGUAUUGAUUGUCAGUUUUUCCUAUCAAUAAAGUAUACUUAUAAAAGCUUGCAAUGCGCAAUAUUACACUGACUAACAUAUCCAAGUACCUAACAAUUAAUUUUAUUUAUUUAUUGAAAUACUACAAUAGUUACAUUGAAAAUUUUUGAAACGAUUUCGCAUAGUUAUAAAAAAAACAAUUGACAUACUCUAAUGUCUUAACACAUAUUAUACAAUAAUAUGCCAAUGGUUUUAUGUUUUGCCUCAAAAUGUAAUUUAUGUUAUUUUACUUGUAUAAAAAAAUAUACUUUCGAAAUGUAUUAUUUAAAAGAUUUGUUUAGUAGGUAGUAAACAUGAACAAUAAAUUUACAAUUAAAGAAAAGUGGGUUAAUUUAAUUUUAUCGACAAUAUAUUAUUAUUAUACUUUAUCCAACCAGCAGGACGGUAAUCACACUAUUGUUUUUUUCUUUUUUAUUAGCGUUUAUUAAAAAUACCAAAAAAAUCGCGAAUCCUAUUGUUUCGAUAUUAUUUUUUAUGUUUAUUAUUAAAAUUGAUAUAUGGGUUAAUACUCUCAUAACUAUUAGUUUGUGUUUCUUUCCCGACUGAUAUUAUUAUAAUUAAUAUUUUACGAUAAUAAUACUUAAUAAUAAUUAAAAGAGAUAAAAAAUAUAUAUAUAUAUAUAUACAUAAUUGAUUCUUUUCUUCGGGUGUGGGGAGAGGGGUUCCGGGUUUUUGAUAUUUCAUGGUCGCGUGUGGUUUGAUGAUGUCAACAAUGAAUAGAGACUAUGCUUGUAUUCUUAUAUUUUAAUCGUUCGCUAUUUCCUUGACUAGAAUCCAAAAAAAAAGAAGUAUUAUGUGGCAUCCUAGAUGAUAUUUUAAACGAAUGAAACAAAAUGGUCAAGGUCUAACGCGUACACACGGCGGGCGUUAGCCCUGACGAUAGAUUAUGGCGUGAAAUCGAAAUACUCUUUUGUGUGCUAGGGCCGGGAAAAUUGUCUAGGAAAAAUAAAAACAUUCCCUGACGUCGCGGUAGUACCAAAUAAUGAUAUUAUCGUGGUGUUGAAUACAUUGCGAUGUCAAAUUUUCUAUUGAAUUUUUGAAUUUCUCUUAUUAAUUAACAAUUACUAUCAACUCUUACAUUAACACGUUUAAGCUGGGUAAAUAUAUAUUCUACAUUUUUUUUUCAUCAAACGCUGUAUUUUUAUGGAUUAUUAAUGUGUGUUGCGUAAUCAGCAAGCACUUGUAGGGGCGGGGAGAAUUCGGUCAUGUUGUGCUGACAAAAGUAAAAUUCGCUAUUUAAUACGAAACUCCUAGUCAAGUUAUCCGCCUACCUAGUGAAUUGUAUUGUAAACUGUUAUCAUUUUUAACUUUUAUACCAUCCGUAAACGACCGUCCAUAAACGUUUUCCAAAAUUUAUCAAAGAACUAAACGGCCAUUUUCCUCGUACAAAAUCACCCUGCAAAAUCAAAAUAUUUUCGAAAAUGUACAAAUCGAGAAUUGUUCGAAUUGUUUCAACGUCCACUGAAGAUAUUCACGGGGGCGUGACAAUAAAUAAUUGCUGUUCCCGGCUCGUCGGCGGCAAUGGAAUUACACAUUUACGUCCUAGCUAGUAGGUACCUAUAAUAAUGCCGUGAUGGGUAGUGCGGCGGGAGAGUGUCGUGAUGUGCGAGGGAGCGGUGACAUAUCGUUACCGUGUACAGGUAUUGUGCGUUCAAGGUGACCAGCGGGAGGAGGAAGGGGGACCCACCGUGUUGUAAAAGUGCACUUCUCUGUAGUCGAACUGGGCCUCGAGCACGAACGCCCGGGAGUACGGCUCUUGCGGCAGGCUCUUGAUGACCACGUCCAGUGAUUUCGUGUCCGGGAUGCCGUCCACCGCGUACACGAUGUGCACGGCAACUAUGGAGCUGAGCACAUUGUGCGGAUCCGACACGGCGGGCGUGGCGAUGGUCCGGUCGCUGAUCACGGUCACCAUGUCCUCAGGCAGGUCGAUCAGCCGGCUGAUGACGCCGGACAGCCACACCGGGUCGGCCGGCAACGGCUGUCGAUCGUCAUCGUCGUCGGCGGCUGUGGCGGCGGCUGCUGCUGACGACAUGCUUGCUGCAGCUACUGCUGAUUGACACUGUUACAGACGAGGGACACCGUCGCGCGCUAACGUCUGACCGUGUGCACGGGUAUGACACAACAACGCUGGUCGAGGCGCGCGAGCGUUACGGAAUUGGCGGCUGCGUACGUGCGCGCGUAUAUAUGUGUGUGUAUCGUAUCGUAUACGAGUCGACGACCCGCAUCCCCUUGGCCUCCCCUAACCUCCCCCCCCGUGACAUAGUAUCGGCCGCGCCCCCCUGUAUAUACAGAUCGCAAUCUCCUCGCUUCCUCUCCACACCCAACAAUAUUAUAUACCGCGGCUCCCUUCUGCAGUCUCGUUCUUUUUUGUCUCCGUCACUUUCUCCCUGCUCUCACUAGCGCUCUUUCUAUCUCUCUCUCCACGACCCGCUCUCCUGUCAUCUCCUUUUAUUUCUCUCUCUCUCUCUCUCUCUCACACACACACUCUCUCUCUAUCUCACUCUGCUCUCCCGUACGCGGUUGUCAUGCGUCCUGCGCGCCCCGCGAGUGUUGCGUACCUACGUCAUCCGUGCGACCCAUCAAUACCGCCGGCGCUGUGGCCCCAGUGUACCGUGAACUAUAAUUUGCGAAGAGACGCGAAAAAAGUAAAAAUUAAUAAAAAGACUACGACUGUAAUAAUAAUGCACGUAACGUAUAUAAACAUUAUAGUGUGCGGAUUUCGAAACGCUAAGAAAUAAAAAAAGAAAAAGCAUUUAAAAAGCUCUAACGAAUUCGCCAACAAUCAUUAGCGAUGACCGAAUACUUUUACAAUGACGUAUGCAAUAUAAGUACACGGUAUAUAAUCGUAAAACGUAAUUGAGCAUUACGAGAAAUGAAACCGAUUUCUUCAUACAUUUUACCGUUUACAGAUAUUAACUAUGAUGGUGUAUCGAUUUGCCCCGACACCCGAUACAAUUAUUUAGUUCAAAAUGUAAUAUACAUUCUUAUCAUUUACAAAUGCGAUUUUCAUAUCGAUUUAAAUCGUUUGUAUAAACCACGAACAUUGUUCGAGUCAACUAUCAUCUAUACACACGAAAAUACCUUACCUUACAACCUUCUGUUUUCCAAAUGGAACGUUUUUGUGACCUCCCCCUCCCCGUGUAUUCUCGACGUUUUAACAUUAUUCGAAUCUUCUCCGAGUAGUAUUGCUCGAUAUACCCACAAUUAUCAAUACAUUUAUAAUAGCGGUUAGAAUCUCUUAUUCUGAUCAGUUCGGUGUGUACAGUAAUUACCCAACACUAAUAGCUGGCCAUCACGCUCAGAAUUUGUUAUAAACCGCUAAUGGAACGUUAUUGAAUAACCAACCGACCGCGCAACGAUUACUGACUGCCGCCGGACUCUGUCAAUGAUAUUAGCAUAGUGUAGUUUUAUCAACACUUGGGUAUUGGUUGUAGAUUGGAGAAUAUUUUAUAGAUUUCCGUAUAAAAAUUAUGUUCGUGCUUCGUGAAACCACGACUCGUACUUUUUCCGUGCUUACCGAUUUCCACGUCGGCGAGACGAGUAGUCGGCGAAUCUGACCCAGAAUCAUCACGACGGGUACCGGAAAAAGGUAAAUAGGUUUAUAAAAAAAAAAAAUGAAAAAAAAAAAUAAAUACAAAUUUCGUAUAUUUAUCUUCUGUACGUAGUGGUGUAUGAAACGAAUUUAAACAGUCGGAAAUAAAACAAAAAAAUACAAAUAUCCCGUGUUCUACAAUUAUCCUCGCGGUCCGUCAAUGAUUUUUUUUUUUCAACACCCGAUUGUUAGAAUUCCAUUGUCGGCGUUGUUGUUGUUCAGUCGUUGUGCGCCUUGUCUGUACAUAGUGACAUCCGUAUUGUCUAUAUUGACGGCGAAAAUAUUCACAAUGCGUUUCGAUAUAAAACAACUCGAAGAAUUCCGAAGUUUUUUUUUUUUAAAAUUAUAUAGUUAUUAGUUUGGAUCGGUUGGCGGGUAUGUAAAAUAAUAUAUCGCGUAGCCCGAUUGUUGCCAGUGGCGUCAGAGUCGUUGGGCGAAACGACGAAAUUGAAAAAUCCACGGCCGUUAUAGAAUAUAUACUAGUAUACAAAAACCUGUAGGGUACUGCCCCCCCCAUGGCCUUUUUUAAACAAUAUAAAAACACAUCUUUACUUGGUACUUGAAUUAUGAGGGGGAAAAGGGCGUUGUACCUCUUUAUUUUCUAGAAAUAUUUUAGCGCGCACCUUCUAUACCGUUUCACAAUGAACCCGAAAAUCGAUGGAGAGGUUAAACAAAUUUCAGUUCUAAAUACCAAAUUUACCGAUUUCAACAAAUAUUUUUUAACCUUUUUUUUUUUUUUUAUCAUGCUUUUUAUUAUAUUAACUCGGGAAGAAGUUCAAAACUUAUGAUCGAUUUUUGACCCACUUUCCGUGGUCCGAUCAACUUGAAAUUUUGCAUGUGUUCAUAUUUACGUCAGCAAUACAAUAAUGACCAGAAUCAGAUUUUCCAUUUUCUCUCUCCCCCCCCCCCCCCGUUUUAAAAGUGGGCGGUAAAACUGUUUUCACCCAAUUGAUUAUCGUGAAGCAACGUUGAAAUAUCGAAAAACGCCACAUAUGACUUUUGUUCGCUGUGAAUAAUCCGCGGUUAGAUUUCCCGUUUUCCCGAAGUGGUAGGAAAACGAUUUCUAGCAAGACUAAAAAUAAUACAUUUAAAAAAAAAAAAUAAUUUAAUUACCGUUCUUUAAAAGGGAAAACAAUAAUGGAAAUGUUAAUACAAAAUAUAUUUUCACGUGCAUAUCACGAUAACAUUGCAAUUGAAUUAUAAUUAAUGAUAACCUAUUUUCGACAAAAUAUAAAAAAAAAAAAAUAAUGAAAGUAAAUACCGCAAUCGUGCAUGGAGCCCAUACCACAAGUUAAUGUACGAGAUAGACUCCUUCAAUAAGGUGAAAAACGUUCCAUAUUCAAACGUAUGUUAUCAAUAUCACUACUAUAUUUAAUUUCGGCGUUAUUAUGUGUACUCACGUGGGAAAUAUUUUUAUUGACAUUUCCCAUUAUUAUUUACCGUUUGGUUCGUUUUAAAGCCACGGUAUUUAAAAACAAUAUGUCGUCCUUUUAAUAAAACUUUGACGAUGAAAAUAUAAUUGAUAGUACCUAUUUGUGUAAUAAAAUACUAAAAACAACUAAGGAUUUAUUUAUCGUUGAAUUGCCGAAUCUCAGUAUAGUCUUAAUUUACAAAUUUCCAAUAGCGUAUUCGCGGGGGUUUAGCAGAUUGGUAUGAUUUAGCUGUCUAAAUCGUGGUAAGGCACACUUCUCUUCCCCUCCAUCCAAAAACAAAUUUGUAAAUAUGGUUACUGGGACUCUCAUCCCGUCACCCCAAUCUCUGGCCCAUUGAAUGGACAUUUUAUGAACAUAAUAUAUUAAAGAUAUUUCGAUCUACAAAUCUAAAAGUACGCACAUGAUUUUUCACGUUCCCCUUUUAUUGUCAAGCGCCGAGUGUACCUAUAUUAUAAUAUUGUAAGAUGACAGUUUAGAAUUGUCUUUAGCCCACUCAGGAUCAAACUCAAUAUUAUGUUCGAAUGUCGUGUCAGUCUUGUAAAAUGAUUUUCGUCACGUAAAUACUUCCGGAUUGAAAAUCGCCAGUUCAACAACACAUUAUAGGGUUCGGCACUUUGUGCAUUUAAAAUCCACAGAAAACAGAUUAAAAACGAAUUCUGAAAAGAAUUUAAAAACCAAAAAUAACAGAGGGCCCAGAGUGGUUUAAAAUUUCCACUCUCAACCAUUUAACCGUUCAAUGCAACUAUCCAACACAUGCAAUUUUCUUUUAUUAUAAUACUAACAAUUUGAUUUAAAAACUUGUGUUAAUAAUUUUUUUAGUGCGUUUUCAAGCCUUUUUUGACGGUUUAAUCGGCCUUUUUUAAUCGGUUUUUUGUAGAUUUUAAGUGCAUAAGUCCCGCGCCCUAAAAUUAUGAAAAUACAAAUCGAAAAUCGUAUAAAUGCACGCGUCAGUUGUCGAGUUUAUUAUAUUGUCGUCGACAUUGCUUAUUGAGUUGUGUAUAACUUGUCAAAAAUGUGACUAUAAUAUUACAGUCUACGAUUGUUGCCCACUAUCCUAUUUUUCUUUAUUCCACGAACGCCGUGUAUCGUUCGGCGCCAAUAUUAUUGUUUAUCGUUAAAAAAAAAAUACCAAUGACACACCACACCACGUUACCUGUCUCUCAACGAUAUUUUUCGCUAUUAUUAAUCGUUUAUAAUAAGCCGCGACUAGGAUGCAACUCGCAUCAUGUUUACGUGUGUAACCUACCUAGGUAAUUAUUCACUCGGAUAUAAACGGUUUUUUUUUUUUUUUUUAUUAUUCGCACUUAUAAAUAUGACUAUAUUUGCUUUUUUCAGGGUAAGUCGAAUAUAGUAUUAUACCGGUAUAUAUUUUAUACUAUAGCCUAUAAUAUACAUCGGUUCUUAUCGCGGAACUGUUUGGGUUAUUGAAAUUAAAAAAAAAAAAAAAAGUACGCACACUUAAACGUAAUAAUAGAUACGGAGUUAACGACCUUGUUACGAUUAUUUUAUUCCCUAAGUUUAAUUGUUUUAUUUACAAUACAAUAAGAAAAAAAAAACGUAUUUUUUAUUAUUUUUUCUUCUUAAAUUCUAUUUUUAUUGUAAUUUAUGAACUAAAUGAAAAGGGAUCAUAGAUUUACUGUUAGAUUAUUAUUAUUAUUUUUUUUUUUAAAUUUUGAAUUUAGCGAUCAAAUAAUUGUGUAUUAUUUAACAUCUAUUUUUUUUUUUUUUACCUGUAAUAUAAUCUUCCGAUUUUUUUUCAUGUUCAUAGAUAUUGUUUUUCGUAACUUUUAACAGUAAUCUCACAGUUGAUCUAAAAAACUAAAAGUCAAAUUUUUAGUUUUUUUUUCUGGAAAACAAUUUUUCGGUUAUUAACUUUUCGUUCCAUAACGAGAUGCGUGUUUUUCGAUUAAAUGGAACUUUAUUCAAUAAAAAAUUAAAAAACUGACAUUAGUUGUUGAUAUGUUACUUUUUUUUCUGGAUUACCUUGACUACAAAGGAAAACAUACGACUAAUAUUAUCUAACAUUACCAGUUUCUCUUAGAAUUGCUUUUUAACAUAUUGACGGAUAUUACUGCAAUAGCAGUAAUAUGUAAAAUGUCAUAUUACGUCAAUACUACUGAAUCAGUAAUCGUUUCAAUGGUAUAAAAUCAUAGAAGACAGUGAACUGCCACAUUACGGCAGUCUACACUGACAAUUUACAUAGAUUUUGGUUGUAGCACUACUAAUAUAACAGUAACAACUACAAGUGUCUGUCAAUGUAUUCAUUGCCAUGAUUUAUUGUCGCUUUAAGUAUAUAAAAUAAAUUGCCCACCAUUCUAUACCUUCCAAUAUACUCACCUACAACAGUUAUAUUCUAUCCAUAAUAUUCAUAACAGCCUAUCCAUAGUGGCAAGUAUUUUUGUUUUUUUAUUUUUCAAAAAUUAUCUAACUACUUCUUGUUUUUAUUAUGCGCAAUGAACCAUAAACACAAUAUCCUAUUUGCAGUUGAAUAAAAAUGAAAUUAUCCAAUAGAAAAAUAUCGAUAUCUAAUUAAGUAAUUUCUUCAAUUAAAAAAAAUCUAUUUUAUUAUAAUUUAUUAUACUUGUUUUUUUAACAAUAAUUUAUAUUACUUGAUGCAUUCAUAUCACAUUCAUCUAUUAAGCAAUGUUUUAAUGUUACAAGGUUCUGUCCUAUGUCUUUAAUCAAUCAAUGCUAUAUACUAACAUCCUAUAUUCUAUUGCACUUUUAAUUAUAAAAACAUCAAGUUUAUCAUCAAUUCUCUAUUUAUUCCGUCUUCACUCGCACUGUUUCCAUUUUCACCUUUACUCGCACGGGAUAUUUUUUUUUCAAGUUUUUAAUCCAUUUUUAUAAAAUAAAAUUAUACUAUAAAUAAAUUAUUAAAAACUAUUGUGAAAAAAACAAUUUAAAUACAAAUUUAUUUUAUCAUUAUAUUAUUAUUUAGCCUAUUGAGCAAAACAAUCUGGACACACUUCGAUUAAUAAAUGAUCAUGGCAUAUAUUAAUUUAACACAUAUCGUGCAAACUUUUAUUGUUUUGAGAUGAAAAAAACAUCAUAAAAACAAGAAAAAAAAAAUCUGAGAAUGAAAUACUCGCACUCGCAUUUCCAAAUACUGAUGCCGAUCACUUAAUGCAUUUCUACCAAGUGAACUAAAAACCAAGAUAACACAUUUUAUCUAUAAACACAUUAUUCGAGAUUAUAGAAAUGUACCAAUAUUUAUAUUUAUGACAACGUUCAUUAAAUUAUAAAUAAAAAUUAAGCUGGGGUCAUGAUUUACGCCGUGCGAGUGAAGAUGGGUUGACGAAUUUAAAUUAAAAUUUCAGGAUAAUAAUUGGAUAGAAAUACUAUUUAGUAUACACAUAGCCCGCUUAAGAUAUAUCAUGUUUUAUAAAGUAAAAAAUAAUUAUAUUGGUUUCUACAUAGAGCGUGAAGGUUUUACCAAGUGUAGGUGGUUUUUUUUCUUUUUAAUUAUGAAAAACACUUCGGGAAAUCAAAAAUUUACAUUAAAAGGUAGAACUGAUAGUGGUCAUUUUUUGAAUUUUCUAAUGUGGACUGAUAACCUAACAACAAAAUGAAAACAUGAAAAACAUUAAUCUACAUUUUAGUUCUAAAAAGGAUUCUCUUGCUUUGAUAUUAUUACCGAAUACUAAUUAUACUUUAAUACUUAAAAAAAAAAAAAAAAAUUUAUAAUAAAUAAGCAGUUUAUGUUUGGUAUAUUUUGAUGAAAAUAAUAUGAUUGCAAUUAAAUUUAAGUUAAAAAAAUUCCAUUCGUAUUUAUGAUGCACUAUUUUUAAUCAACUGUAAUUUAUGUAUAUUUACAUAACUUAUACAAUUCUAAAAAUAUAGUUAUUAAAAUAUUAACCAUACAUUUGUAUAGCUAACUAAUAAAUGAUUUUAUAAUUUUCAUAGUUGAUUGCUUCACCAGUAAUGGCAAGUAUAGCUGUUGGUAUAGGAGUGCCAAUAUUAUUGUUCUAUGUUUACGGUGUAGUUCCAGUAUCUCUGUGUCGCUCUGGCGGAUGUGGAGUUACCACAUCUUCUAAUGGAGUUCAUUUUGAUUUUGAUGAAGAGCAAUAUACCCCUAAAGCUGUUGCUGAUUUCUUAGCAGCGUUUGGUAUAUACAAAUUUAAAAUAUUAUAUAUUUUAAAUGAUAAUUUAUUGGUCUUUAAUUUUGUAUUUAUAGAUCCUGAUACCGCUGUUAAUAGUGGUGCUGAAUAUGCUGCUAAUCAUUCAAUUGGAGAACCAUCGUUCUGGAAUGAUUGGGAUGGUGAAACUGCAUUAGGACGAGAUGCUGAUCGAGAAUCAGCCAGUACUGUUGCAUUAGCUGGUAGUUUACUAGCACAAAAGUAAUUAUUUUCUGAGUAAAUAAAAUAAAAGGAUACUGGAAAUUUAGAAAUAAAUGUGUUAUAAAUCUUAAAAUAUUUUUUUUAUCAUAUUUUUCUAACUUAUUCAAUUGAACAACACAAAUAUAAACUAUAGGUGUUAUAAAUUAGUAUUUCUUUAUAUUAAUUUAUAAUUUUGAUUUUCUUUCUUUUUGAAAUGUAUGAAUUUUCAGUCUUAAUAUUCUCCAGUAAUUUGUACAAAACUAAUUUAAUCAUUUUAAAAAAAGAGUUGACAAUAGUGAGACAGCAUCUAUGCGUUCAAGCCAAAAACCUUCUUCUGAUGUUAUUGACGAGACACAGUCUCAGCCACAGUCUCAGCCACAGUCACAAUCACAACAGCCUCUCAAUUUGUCUCUAAGUUCUUUAGAAGAACUCACCGCUGGUCUGAUGCGACGUGUAUUAGGAAAUAGCGAUGAAACUGAUACUCCAGCCGCAGCGAUUAGAUCACGUGCCACUAAUACUGAAGUUCGUUUUGGCAAUACUGUAAGCAUUAUUGCUCCUCCAGUGAUAGAUUCCAAUCACAAUUUUUCACCAUUCAGGUAAAUAAUGUAUAAAAUACAAAAUACAUUGCUUAAAUUAAUAAAUACUGAUAUUAAUUUAAUUUUUCCAGAGGGCUUGUACAAAACUUGCUACGUAUAACAUCAAGUGAAACAUCAACUAGCUCAUAAUCAUAUUAUACGUGUAUAUAAUAUAUACAGAUUAUGUUUUAAGUAUAAGAUAUUAAACCAUUUGUAGAGCUAUAUUAUGCUCUCACUUACACUGGUCUUUCUAUUUUGUUUGAUAUUAUCUUAAAAGUUUCGUUUUUGUGUUUUUACAUUUAAUAAUAAAUACACUAUGUGUAUAUAACUGUUACAGUUAAAGUGUUGAAAUUGUUAGUGUAUAAAUAUCUAGGUAAUUUAUAAAGCGACUAAAAUGUGUAGAUAUUGUAUAAAAUCUUUAAUUAAAUUUUUACUAUCGAAUAUAAUAAUGGAAUAGAUAAGGUUAACAAUGUAUAUCAAAUUGAUCAUGUACUUUUAUCUUGUUAUUAUACCAUUGUUGUACCUAAUAACCUGUAUAUACAAUUUAAAUUACAAAUGUUAAAGUUAAAUACUUAGAAUAAAGUUAAUGUACUCACUGUUUGUUGUUCUCCAAUUUGUGCACAAAUUUCAAUUUGAAACAUUCAAAAAAUCAAGUUGAUAUGGUUUCUAUUAAAAAUAUCUAAUUGUUCUAAUUAUUAGAGUAAAAACCCUCGCAUGUCAACAACCGUGUUAACAAUUUAAUGUCACCAAUAAAACAAAUUUUCUACGGAAAGGCUUACUGGUGGGAAAAACUUUUUAUCUAUUGAAUUACUUUUAAUGUUUAAUUUUAACUAAAAAUAUAUAGUAGAUAUAAAAUAUAUAAAUUUUAUUUUGAUGUGUUAUCAUUUUAAGUAUUAAUGUAUUCAACUUGUAUACUAAUGUAUUUUACUUUAACAAAUGACAAGUUUGGUCUUAAUAGUAUAUUGUAUUAACUAGUUAAAUUAUGAUAAGUAAUUGUUUCCUAUAUAUUACUUUAACUGAAAUUUGUAAGUAAUUUAAAAACUACCUAGUUAUUUUAUAAAAUAACAGCAUUCAAUACUUUAACUGUAACAUAUUUAAUUUUUCCUUUAAAGCGACUGUGAUCAUCACUGGGGUUUUUAUUACAAUAACUGUUUCUUUGUUACAAUACUAUUAUUAAUACAACAAUACUACUGUCAUUUUUUCAUUAUGACAAUUGUGUACAGAGAAAAUAAUAUAGAAAUGAUUACAUACUUUAGUAACUGUUUAAGUUUAUGAUUAAUAAUGCAGUAUAGCUAAUAUUUGAAAAGCCAAAAUAUACAUAAUUGUGUUAUUUUCUUGCCCCAAACUUAUGUUUUAAAAUUAAUUUACAUUUUAAGUACCUAUUGUAAAAUAUUAAAAAAAAAAAAAACCUCAUUCCUAAACAUACCUAUCAUAAUAUUUUUGUUUUUGUGUAUUUAGAUAUAUAAUACUUGCAGUUGGAACAAUAAACUGCCAAAAAAAAUUGUGCUUGUGCAUUUAAUUUUUUUGUACUGUUACCUAAAUAUUUGUAAUUAUUACUGCGCUAUAAUUUUAAUUUGUAUGGUCUACUUAAUACAAUGUUAAAGUCUAAUGAUUUUCAAGUAUAUUUCUUAAAACUGAAUUGAAAUUGUCUUUUAUUUAUGUACUGAUUUACAGACUUGCAAAUAAGUAGUUACUUUAUAAAGUAGUUAAGAUAUGACAUAAACAUAGAUUUAGUACAUAAAUACCAGUAUGUUAAUUUGGAUAUGAAUAUAGAGGAAAUAUAGAAAUAGUUAAACAAACAAUUUUAUUAUAUUACCUAUACUUGUGUGUAUAAAUUGUAAACUACAAAAACCUGGUUUUUGAUGUCUCCAUUUUUACCAAAUUGAUCUAUGGAAACAUUAUUCUGGGGUGGCUAAGACCCUUUGCCCCAGAUCCAUCUGUUAGCAAACAAAGUAUCUAUUUGAAAAACAAAAGUAUAUACUUGUUUAAGGAAUAGAGGUAUGUAGUAGGGGUAAAAAAUAAAGUUUGUUUUAAAAUAAAGCUUAAAUGAUUCCACAAUGAUUAAAUAAAACAAAUCAAAUUCACUUAAAAUAGUAAGUAGUAAUAUAAUGUAUAUUUGUACACAACGAUAAACCAUUGCUAAUGUAAACCGAUUCGGAACUUUUAUGUAGAAAAUAUUUAGGUACAUACAUUUUCUCAUUUUUCUACAUUUUAUCUCAAUUAUUAUGAAAACUGCUUGGGAAAUUAAAAAAAAAAAUGACAUUUCUAAAUUACUAACGAAAUUUCCUUUCAGAAAUGGUGCUACACUUAAUACAUCAGAGCAAGAUUUCUGGAAGAAAAGGUGUUCACAAAAUGAAAAAAAUAAAUAAUAAACACCAUUGUAAAACCAAUACAUUCCUUGCUACGCUCCGAAUCUAAAAGUAGUUACAAUCGUAGGGAACUCUUUUUUUUUUUUUUUUUUUUUCUACAAUUAUAGCGAUAGUUUGUUAGUGAUUAUGCACUGUAUUAAAAGUGAUGAUUUCCAACCACUGAUUUUCCAUCACAAAUUUCGAAAUAUGAUACCUAGGUGUUUAUAAAUCAAUUUAUUACCUACUAUUAAUGUACCUACUUCAUUCUUUAAAAAUAAUAUAAGUAAUAUUGUAAUAUAUAAUAUAUUUAUAUUUUAUGGUAAUUAAUAAUUAUAAACUAUGCAAUUGAUUUUAGGGUAAAAGUGACUAUAAUAAAAUUUAUUGAGAACAAUAUUUUUGAGGGAAAAUUUAAGGGUUUUUGUGUUAUUUAGAAUAUACUGCCCAAUAUAAAAGAUACAAAAACCUUUUUUUUUUUUUUUUUUUUUUUUUAAAUAACUGUAACUUUUUUAAAAAAAAGUUUAUAAUUCAAAAAACACCAGACAUUCCUUCCAAAACAUUGUUCUCUAUACAUUUUAUAAUAGGUUCUUUUACUCUAAAAUCAAAAUAAAACUAGUUUAACUUAUUCUAUGUAAACAUUAUUUUUGUAUGUUAUCCGGUAGAUAUAUUGAAAUAGUAGUAGGGAUGGAUCCUAUAGGGGCUUAGGGCCCAGCCCCCCUCCUCAAGCAUAUUAUUUUUUUGUUUUUUUUUUUUUUUUAUAAUUCUGUAGUUAC